CGAAGCUGGGAAUAUGAAAGUGAAAUAGGCCUGACACCAUAUUACACGGAGACUGGGCGGACGCUGCUAUUGGGCGAGGCGUGACCUCCAGCCUGUAAACAGCACAGUCCUGGCGAGUAGCAUGUAGUGCUGCUGUGCCCUCACAGGACUGAAGUCGCCUGCUGUCACCGGGUGUCGCUCCUGCUGGGACCAGUGCGGAGGCUAUGGCGCGCUGGGCCAUGUACUCCUGCGGCGCGCUGUCUCUGCUGCUGCUCAUUGUCAGUGUGGUGCUGCUGCUGGCGCACACCUUCAUGGAGACUGUGGAGGGACAGGUGAAGAAGGCUACAGUAUUAAAGAAUGGGACCGAGGUCUUCAAUAACUGGGUAAACCCCCCUCCUCCAAUCUACAUGCAAUUCUAUUUUUUUAACGUAACUAACCCACUGGAGGUCCUGGAUGGAGAGAAGCCUGUGGUAGAUGAAAUUGGCCCCUAUACUUACCGGGAGUAUCGACCUAAAGAGGAUAUAGAAUUUCUUGAGAAUGGUACUGAAGUGUCUGCGGUUAAUCCCAAGACUUACAUUUUUGAACCUGAUAAGUCUGUGGGGAACCCAGAGGUGGACUUAAUACGAACAGUUAAUAUUCCUAUUGUGACACUGCUGCAAAUUACCAGAAAUAAUAAGUAUUUUAAAUACAUAAAACCAAUAGUUGAUGGAGUUUUGAAGACUUACAAUGAAGGAGUGUUUCUUACACGAUCGGUCCAUGAACUGCUUUGGGGUUACAAGGACCCUGUUCUUUCUAUGGUACAUACUGUAGUACCAGACAUUAGUGACAUGUUUGGCUUGUUCUACCAGAUGAAUGCAACCAAUGAUGGGACCUACGUGUUUCUUAGUGGUUCCAAAGGAUACAUGGAUUUUACCAAGAUUGUGGAAUGGAAAGGAGAAAGAAAUCUCAUGUGGUGGACAUCAGACACAUGCAAUAUGAUUAAUGGAACGGAUGGAACGUCCUUUCACCCAUUAAUAGAUAAAGAUGAUAUCAUUUACAUGUUUUCAUCAGACCUAUGCAGGUCUGUUUAUGCGGUUUAUGAAGCAUCAGAAAGUGUAAAGGGCAUUCCCGUCUUCCGUUUUACCCCGCCAGCCAAGGUUUUUGCCAAUGUUACCAUCAAUCCGGACAAUGCAGGAUUCUGUGUGCCAGAGGGAAAUUGCCUUCCAUCGGGCCUACUCAAUGUCAGUGCAUGCAAGCAAGGUGCUCCUAUUAUAUUGUCCUCUCCCCAUUUCUACCAAGCUGAAGAAUCCGUCAUUGCCAAUGUAGUAGGAAUGAAUCCCAAGAAAGAAUAUCAUGAAACAUUUUUGGACAUCAGUCCGCUCACUGGAAUGGUAAUUCGAGCCGCUAAGCGCAUGCAGGUCAAUGUUUAUGUCACAAAAAUUCCUGAGUACGAAAUUACUCAGAAAAUACAAACUCUGUAUUUCCCAGUAAUGUAUCUCAAUGAGAGUGUCCUGAUUGAUGACGAGUCUGCUGGAAAACUCAAGUCUGUUCUUCUGGAAGCCAGAGUGCUAGCUAAUGUUCCUUUUAUCAUCAUGGCACUUGGGAUUAUAUUUGGCAUAGUAUUUGUUGUACUUGUUUGCCGUCCAUCCAGAACACGGGAGGAGAGCUCAGAAGAAGAGAGAGGACCACUUAUAAGAACAUCUUAAUUAAUGUAGAAAUUCAAAAAAAUGAACUAUGCAAGAUCAUUGAUAUCUGUCUGGACUAGAAAAUGGAGAUUUUUUGAGGGGCUUAGACAGAGACCCCAGCUAGAAGAUGCCUUGUACCUGAGUGAUGUCUAUUGGAGAUCUUGGUGACAUACCCAUAUCCUCUACCUUACCACUAUAAAAUACUAAGCACAUGUUAAUAUACACAUUUACUAAGCGUUGAUCUGACUCAUUUAAUGAAAAGUAACAAUUCACUGUGAUACCAGAGUGGUGAAACCAUGCUCUCCUUAAAGUUCACUGUAUACAGUUUGGCACAAAGUCGGACUACAGAUUUGGCACACUGCAUGCAGGAUUUGACUACAGGAUGAUUCCUUUCUAGCUGCAAAAUAGUAUAGUCUGCUAUGCUGUUCUACCCAGUAACCAAAACGGAAAAACUUACGGUACAUUAAGAUUCAUGACUAGGUUGUUGAGACUGUAACUGAUCUGAGACCACAUCUUGAGAAAUCUACAUGACUUGUAAAAUAAUAUUCUUCAUAAUUGUGAUCUUCAAGGGGUUUUCCAGUGAAACAAAAAGAGUUGGGUAAGAGACCUAAAAACAUAAAAUAAGUGAUACUCCCCUCCACUAGUUCCACCACCACAGCAGUUCCAAAGCUGCCUGGACCUUGAUGUCCUCUACUUUCAUUUCCCGUACUAACAUGCAGGAAAUGCCCCGUAUAGCCCUCUCAGCCAAACACUGGCUGCACAGGUGACCCACCACACCCAGUGACUGGCAGAGAGGGCAUUUGGAGGCAUUUCCUGUGGGUCAACACUAGGUCAAGUAGAAGGGACCUGAGCUGUGGCAGGGAGGUAUGGCUUCUUUUAUGUUUUUAAGUCAUGCAGACCUCUUUGACAACUAUUUUUGUUUCACUGGACAUCUCCUUUAAAUGAAACGCAUCAACAGAAGUUUUCAUUUUUGGUGUUUUUUUUUAAAAUAUUCUAAUUUUCACUUUGGACAGUAGAGCAAUCAC